AACCACCACCAACAAACGUUGUUCAAUUGUUCAUUGUUAGUUCACCUGGUUUUAGAGUCGGUAGUGAAGGAUGGGUUUAAAAGUGUAACGAGAAAAGUGUAAAUUUAUCCCAAAAUAAGCCACAAAAGCCUACUAACAAGGUACGUAAACCCAGGAAAGAGAAAAAUUCUUCUGAAUAAUUCUUUCUAAGCGCAUUUUGGGCAAUAAAUUUGUUGUAAUGCCUUCAAAUUUUACAUUACUGCUUGCAUUUUAUACAUUGUGACGACUACAUACACUUCUACUCGUUUGGCAAUUCUCAACCAUGUGAGAAUAAGCGUCCACAUUUGUUUACAAUUCUCAAUACUUGAACAUGUAUUUCUACUUAAUAUGCCUUGUUACGUGAACUAAGUUUUUGCAUUUUUUUUAAACUUUAUACGAAAGUGUUGUUCCAUCCGCUCUUAAUUAUCCUAGACAUCCGCGAUGUACGGUGGCGUGUGUUUGUUUGCGCGUAGAAACGAUAUCUGUUGCUACGCUAUUCAAAUAUGUCAAUGCCGAGAGCUUGAACAUAGUUUGUAGAGCUACUGUUGAACAUGGUGAGAUCAUACUCUGCGCAUAGACGGUUCACUAUAUUCCAGUGUAACGUGCUACGUUGCAAACUUAGAGAAUUUUUUUUGGCUCCUGAGGGACAGCAUCUAUAUACUCAGUUCGAGAGGCCGUCGACCCACCUGUGUAUUAUUGUAAUGUAUUAUUUUAUUUAUGGGUUUUUCUGCUCGUUGGGUCUUAACAUGUUGACGAACGGAUAAACUGCAAUGAGCUGCAGAAUUGCCUAUCUGAGGUCGGAUUACCUAUAUUUUGUAAGGGAGUAAUCAGAUUAUAUAUAAUAUUUCAUACAUAAUUAAUGCUACAACAUCCAUCCGGAUAUAUAUCGAAUUUUUGAAAUAACUAUUAUAAAGUUUGAAUGCUAUAGUGUCCUCGUGUUAAUUAUGCCUGAGGCAAACUUUUGCAACUACAUUCGAGUUUAUCAUGUGUAAAGUAAAUCUCAACAAUUUUUUCCAAACAAUACGUUUUGAUAUUGAGGUUAGACCGCUGAAACAUAGUCCGUUUCCUCAACACACUAGGUAUAUAUAUGAGUACGCCGCAUAACAUAUACUAUAAACUGCUAGCGAAUUGAACUUUUUGUAAACUAGAUCGCAGUAAUUUCAUACAUCUGGUACCGAUAACUGCUGAUCAGUAUUCGAUAAGAAAAUUUCAUUCAAUCAAACAAAAUUUCAGUGCAAAUGCUGGAAACUUUUAUUGAAUUACAAUUUCGCAGAUACAGGUGCUGUCAGACAGACUUUGGUUAUCUCAUAUAAAUGAAUAAACAUCACCAUGUACAGAACGCCUUUUCAUUUUAAUCAAUAACGUUUACCCUGCACAUGAAAAUCCACAAAUAAUAAAUAAUGAAGAGAAAUAAAUUAAGUUUUUAUUCUUUAUUUCAUUUUAGUAUCUUGAUUAUACUUUAAAUUCCAAUGCUUUUAAUUUAUAUCCGUAUGCAAUAACACAAUAGCAGCACGAAAGCAAAAUGUAUUUGCUAAUGUGAAAAAUUUGCAUUUGAGUAUGUUUUUUUUUGUAUUGGUGUAUGGGUAGGCAAAUAUAUGUAUUUUUGUAUAUAAAUAUUACUUUUCCAGUUGUUAAGACAACUGAUGUACUAAUGUAAACAAAUCGUUAAAUAUUCACACAAUUCUUAAUGAGUUCGGUCAUACAAUACAUGUGCAUGUCAAUCUUAUCUCAUACACAUGCGCUUCAUGCACACUACAAUACAAAAUAUACUUUUAUGCAAAUGUAUAUUAGAAAAGUAACAAAGCAAACAAACUAAAUAAUAUAUAGAAGAAAAAAAUUAUUAACCGCGUAGUUUCACACAUAUUCAAUUUCUUCGCUUCUCUCUGUUUUGUUUUUUUUUCUUUUGCGUUUUAAUUUUAAUAAACAAAAGUUUUGUCUUCGCCUCCUUGGCCCAAUGACAGCAGAAACAGUGCACAGCAUCAUCUCUCCGCGUUAUUGUUGAGUAAGACAAAAAAAAACACAAACAAAACAAAAAAUCUCAGUGGUGUUCUCUUCGUCUCGUUUAAUGUUGGGCCAUUAGAUAUGACUUUAGUUAUUAUAGUUGUAGAUGUAGUUGCAGUUUUGUUGGUAUUGUUGCUGUUAUAGUCCCCCCAAAGAGGUUUCUUGCGCAUAUUUAAUGUUAACCCUUACUCAUGGCACUGUCCUACCCGAACAAGCCCGAAAACAGCCGCCACCAUCACUAUUACUACUACUAGUUACUAACAACACCAUCAGCCAGCUUCGCCACGCCAUGCCAGUCACUCUGUCAGUCAUUUCAGCUCAACAGUCUGUUAGUUUCAGUCAGUAUUCUCUUGAGUCUCGUGCGGUGGUGGUGGCUUUGGUAACGAAGCGCGAACAUUAAGAAUUAAACCAAAAUAAUGAAAUAAAGUAAAAAAAAGACAAAAAAAAAAAAACAGAAAACAUCACAAACAGAUACAUAUCAAGUAAAAAUUUCCAAUUUAUUUUUGUGUUUUUAUUUUUAAUCAACAAAAAUCACCAAUAUUUGAAGGAAAGAGGAAACCCACAAAUUGACGUCGUGUUCACGGGCAAAAGCAAUAAAUGUAAAAGUAAACAAAACAAACAAAUGAUAACUUUGUGUCUUUCAACCAUAUGUGACAGUUUCCUAAGGUAGAAGAUGGCAGCAAAAGAGUAAAAUAAAAAAGUGUUAUGCGGCACCACGCCCUCAACUACAUCGGGAUAUUAAAACAAUAAGUUGAAAUAUACAUAGCUAUAACAGUUCAAGUGCACACACAUUUCGCAUAAGCGGGUGUUUAUAGAACCACACACUCAAUUUCAUAUGCGCAUAAAGAAAUAAGUCAAACAAACUGAUCGACUGACUGACUGACUGACUGACUGAUUGUCUAACCAAAUAACUAACUGACAAACUGACUAGCUGUAUGUCUGUUUAAUUGUGAGAGUUGUUCUUGUGUUUUUGUUGCCAUUAACGAAUGCGAUUGUGCGAGCGAAAGGGUUUGCGGGUGUGCGUGUAAAUGAAGCAGUGUAUAUCAAACGAACGUCAACAACAUCAUAAUCGUCAACGUUGACACUUAUACGUUGAUGUCGAGUUGUUUUGCGGUUGAGCUGUGUAAUUGUAAAAGUAUUGCAACACAUGAAAUUUAAUGAUGCUUUUGCCUUCGGGGCGUUCCAACGGCGAUGUACAUUCUCCUUUAAAUAAUAAAACGAAGCCAGCGUAUCUAACAAGAGCAACAACAACAGCAACAACGCAACUAAACAACCCAAAUAGCAAUGUCAAUAGAACGGAAAAUGGCAGUUACGCGUUAUCAUUAUCGCAAAUGCAAGCUGCGGCAAUUACAACAGCAGCAGCAACAAUGUCGCUGCAAUCAACACUAUCAUCAGCAACAUCGCCAUCGUCAAUCACCAGCAAACAUAAUCCCGUUACUACAGCGAAUUCGAAAUUACUACAUCGACCAAAAACACCACCACUACGAAUAUCAACAACAAUAUUGCCUUCAGCAUCCACUCCAUAUCAAAAAACGACAGAAACGACAGCAGCAACAACACCAAGAUUAUCGACAUCAAAUACCGACGGAAGUCAAAGCGAUAUUGGACCAUUGGCGUUGGAACGCUUCACUAACGAAUCCAACGUAUAUAUUGCAAACGGUGUUGUCAACUCACAAACUAAUGCUUCCUCGAUUCCGGUGACUUCUGCGAUCGAAAAUUGGGAAGAAAAUGACCGAUAUUUAAAAGCCAUGCAAAUUAAACUCAAAGAAGGUUGGAGCGUACAUGUGGGCAACGAAGGCCGGUUAUAUUAUUGCAACCACUCUACUCAAACUUCAAGCUGGUUACCCUCUUGUGAGGAUUGGAGUAAACAAGAAGAUUUACCAUUUGGCUGGGAAAGAGGCAUUGAUUCCAAAGGACGUUCUUAUUAUAUUAACCAUUUAAAUAAAACUUCAACUUAUGAAGCACCCGAAUGUGUACGAUGGGAUGAACAUCCUCCUGAGCCAAGAGUUGUGUUAUUACAACGUAGUCCUACCAUGGGUUUUGGUUUUGUAGCGGGCAGUGAGCGACCUGUGAUAGUGCGUUUUGUUACCGAGGACGGGCCUAGCAUGGAUAAACUACAGCCGGGAGAUCAGAUCCUAUCGGUUAACGAAGAAGAUGUUAAAGAUGCCCCCCGUGAUCGUGUUAUACAAUUGGUUAGAGCGUGUGACACGCAGGUUACUUUGACGGUCUGUCAACCUGUUUACAGCAUCACGCCAGGCCGCAAGUCUACUCUCCUAUCGGCUGGGAAAAAAGCAAAAUUAAAAACACGACCCAGUCGUGUGCGUUUCGCUGAGAGUGUUUGCGUGAACGGAGCUCCUUUAUUUCCACCUUCGGCUUUCUCAUUAGGUGAUAUUUGCGUCCCACCUAUGGCCAAUGUUUUGAAAGUAUUUCUAGAGAACGGGCAAACAAAGUCAUUUAAAUACGACACUACCACCACUGUGCAGGAUGUUGUUACUUCACUACUAGACAAGUUAUGCUUUACUACACGCGAAAUUUUCAGCCUUGUUCUGGAACAUGUAAAAAGCCUUAAACGUAAUAAAUUAACAUUGCUGGAUCCGGAGGAGUCCUUAGCUCGCAUUGCUUCACGUCCUGGUGCCCAUAAAUUGCGUUGCCUUUUUCGCGUGACUUUUGUUCCUAUAUCCGCUGCAGAUUUGGCUCAAAAGGAUUUGAAUGCGCUUGAUUACUUAUACAUGCAAUGUUGUAAUGAUGUCACGCAAGAACGUUUCGCCCCCGAACUACAACCGGAACUGGCCUUGCGGUUGGCCGCUUUGCACAUGCACCAACACGCUCUCUCCAACAAUGUAACUCCCGCCAAGUUAACGGUCAAGGUGGUUGAACGCGAAUUCGGUCUAGAACGUUUCGUGCCAACUUCUUUAUUUGAGGGCAUGAAGCGCAAGGAAUUAAGACGUUUAAUUUCGCAUUUUCUUAAAUUAAAUGCCGAAAUGACAGGCUCUUCGACCAAAGUUCUUACUCAGCUACAAGCGAAACUGCAUUAUUUGGAUAUAAUAGCCAGCUUACCAAGCUAUGGAGCGAAGUGCUUUAGCACUAACCAAAGAGAAGGUCUCGAACGCGUUUUAUUAGUUAGCCCACGUUUUGGCCUAAGUCAAAUUUCAAGUGCCAGAAAUGCUGUGCCGCAACCUGUGUCAGCAAUUGAGGACUUUAAUCAUGUGGUUGUCAACAGAGAAGACGAUGUAAACUGCAGUGUAAGCAUUUUCAUUCAAGGAGACCGAGUUAUUAAAUUUUUUAUGGAAGACCGUGAUGCAUGUGAAUUUUCUCUUUGCCUUGCUGGCUAUUACCGUCUUAUUACGGGGAGAGACUUACCUCUGGCUCGAGAACGUGAACCUGUCGAUGACGAUAAUGCUCCUGCAUAUCUAGCUCAGCACACUGUUCUCCCGGCUGCCUGGAGUUAUCUCAAGCCUUAUCACAAUCGACCACACAGCAUUAAUUUUUUGAUGUCACCACCUUAUCAUCCAAGUAAUAAAGUAAAUUCCAAUGAAUUAAUCGUACAGGAUUUCUCCCUUACUUUGUGUGACAAAAAUAUGAAUUCCAAGGCCAUGGCAAAUAGCAAUCAUACCAACACCAAGAAGAUGCCUUUCAUAAGUCCUACUGCCUUGGACUUAGAUAUACACAGUGUAGUGGCCACCGAAUUACUAGAGGAAGCCAAAGAUUCGGGCAUGAGCGAUAGUAGUGGAGGUGGCGGUAGUAACUACGGCGGUGAACGCAGUCAAACCAAUAGUAUUUGUAAUGCAAAAAUGGAGGCUAAAAACGAGGAAGUAUUAAGACGGGUCCAAGAAAUGCAAAAGAUGGUUGAAAGCUCUGAACAAUACUUAAAUGAACAGGGUGAAAUUAUGCAGGAGUAUUGUCUAACAACCACCCCUGGCAGGUCCUGCCCAAUGGGUAAAAAUUGUGGUGAAAGUGACAAUCUAACGAUCACUACCUGGAAGACUCCAAUUAGCAUUGCAACGGACACUGUUUGCGCCACUAAUAUUAUAGAGUUUGAUAGUGACUGCGAUAGUUUGAAUAGCAGUAAAGUAUCCUCCAAUGAGGAAACACCCCAGACUUCUGCUCUCAAACAUAGCGAUUCGUUGGUUUUAUUGGCGGAGACCAUCAAUCAAGAUUUGAGUGGCAUAAACCAAGGUCUUAAUUCCAUCGGUGGUCAUCAAGCAGACUUGCGCCGACGAAAGCCUAGCCUUAGUGAAACUUCUAGUCCCCGGCCUGAACGUAAAGUUAACGGUUUCAGCCAGUUGCUAAGUAAUCUCCAAGCCUUAGGCACGGAUUUAUCACAAAGCGAAAGCGAUUCAGAGUCAGUAGCAUCACCCACGAAUUCGCCCACCAUUCGGCGACCUUCGUUAUUAAACACCAACGACAAAUCUAGUCGCAAACAAAACUUAGCAAAUCGUAGCAGUUUCGGCUUACAUAGUCCCGACAGUAAUACAUUUGGUGUGGAAACAAAAGAUUAUAAUCUAAAGGAAUACCUCAAGCAAUUAAAAGAAAUCAGUAAUGUGGACAAUUUUCGUCAAGAUACGGAUAUAGCUGCAAAGAAAUUAUCAGAGAUUUAUGGUUUCGAAAUACGUGGAGACACAUUUAUAGAGACCGAUACAGACUUAAUAGAUUUACGUGCCAUACCUCCGCCUCAGACACCAGAUGAACUAGAUGCUCUUUCAUUACUGAAUGCAGCUCCCCAGGGCUUCGAUGACAUCGCCAAGAAAUCAUUAGCGGAAGCAGCAGAAGGUGAUUUAGAUAAAUUCUUGGAGAAAGUGGUUGUGGCUCCACCAACACAAAAAGCUACACCAGCUAAAGAGCUUACACCCGAAGAAAUUAUGUCUUACAUAAUACCACCACCACCAAAUCUAGACGACGUGGAAAACAAUACCAAAAAAGAAGACAUGAAGAGAAAAAACAUUCAUGUACCAGAAUCACUUUACAGCAAUUCAGCACCAAAUAACAGAGAAAAACCUGCGCAGCUAGAAAAAUUUAAUAGCAACGAGGGAAAGCAUAUUAUAGAGUACGCCACAGUAGAAAGAAGAAGUAAAUUUUCUUGUUGCCCCAAGUCGAGAAAAGAUGAAAUGAAAGACGUCCAAUCUGAAAUAAAAUUGCCACCACGUUCACAAUCUUUGGAACAAUCAAUACCAGCUAGGCCACCAAAAAGCGCAGAAUUGGUACAACGCUAUUCACCAAAAAAGCAACCUUUAGGCGAAAAAAGUUGGCCGCGUAGUGACGGCAGGGAAUUAAAAUAUGAAGAGAGUCCACCCAUGCUGCCCCCUCGUAUCAACUAUAACGCAACUAGUCCUCGCGGGCUACAAAUAGGAAAUUUUGAUGAACAAUUGCCUAUAUUGGGGACAAUGGUGAGUCCUUUAGCACCUAAAAAACCACCCUUACCUCCCAUCGUAACAAGACCAUUCUUACGCAAAAGUCCUUUGCCUACCAAUUACCCACUGACAGCGGAUAUUAAAACUUCACCUCCCAGCAUACAACCGCGUCCAUUUCAAAGUCCUUCAUCAUGUAAUAGUUCAGCAGCCCAAUCUCCUACGUUACCCACACCGCAGACACCUACGCAGACUCAGUUAUUUCAACAAUAUCAUUCCACUAAGAGCGGAGACCAUCGUGAUCAACAGGCAAGACCAUCCCCAGUCUAUCCUUUACUGUACUCACCGCAAAUGUCACGAAAAUUGCAAAAUGCCAGUCCGGUAAAACCAGUUACAAAUAAUUUGACCGGAUUACCAGCAAACAUUACCAACACUGGUACUAAGCUCAUUAUUAAAAAUGGUCAUGUCAUAGAUGCAGAACAAUUACUAGUGAAAACCGACGUAGCGAUGGCUGGUCUGCUGGUAAAACUCGAUCAGGUAGCUGCCCAAUGUACAGCUGCUCAAGCCGCUGGCGGUGGUACUAGCAUAGAUGAGGAAAAAUUCCAAAGAGCACGCAAUGAACUUACCGAACAAACAUUAGCUUUGGUUACAGCUUCUAAAUUUUUAGUAGUAGCCAUGUCCGAUAUGACUUUAUUAACGUUGCCAGAACAUUUAACCUCCUGCUUAACUGCAAUAAGACGCAUAACUGAGUUAACACAAGACAUGACACGGCAUACUUCAGCACCACUUCAAACGCGCAACAUUGUCUUGAAAGUGCACGAUGUAGCCUCAUCAUUUCGAGAAUUGGUCGGCGUCCAAAUCGGACCUUUAGGAGCUGGCCAAUUGGCACUGCAAGCGGAAUGUUUAGCUAACGUCUUGGCUACACUAUUGCGAAGUUUACGAGUUUUCUCACCAUAAAAAAGCAAUGCUUACAUACAUGACGUUAGUCUUGUGUGUCAUGUGUUCAAACCGAAUAAUAACCGUGUAACAUAACAUAUCGUUUAAAUUUUACGAAGUGAUGAUUGAAGAUAAGUAGUGAAUAACAAAAGACGUCUUUCUUUUUUUAUCUUUAUGUCUUUCUCGGUCUAUCUUUCUAUCUACUGCUCUUCACUAUAGCUGCAACAAUAUAAAAAAAUCAUUAGACGCAAUUAAACUUAAAUCUUAUAUAUAUUUGUAAUGGAUAACUCUCACAUCCUCAUUAUAGAUUCUUUUGCAUACUUACAGAGAAUCUUAUAUAUCAACAAAAUUUUCAUAUAAUAACUAUUUACUAAAUCUUAAUGGUAGUUGACUUUAUUAAAGCUUAAAGAAAACAACACACACAUACAUAACAUUUUCUUAAAUUACAUAAAUCCUACGCCUAAAGAAACUGUUUUUUUUAGGUCAACUCUAGAGCAUAACUUGAAAAAAUCAUAUCUUAUGUACAGAUACAAGCACCCAGAAAAAGAGAUAAUGA